AGCAAGCAACCGGCCACCCACCAGUCCACCACCGAGCUCGGCUCCGCUCAGAGGCAGCAGCAAGGCAUGGGCGCAACACUAAAAAGACGGACGCGGCCGCGCUUCCAACCCAAACCCACCACCUCCGCAUCCUCUUGCCUUCUCUCUCCUCGCCGCCUCUCCCAACGAGAACUCUCCCCUGCCUGUCCUCGGCGGUGACGUCGCGUGGUCGUCAGGCGCGGGCGGGAUGGACGAGCGGGGGCUCGGUGGCUUCGGCGGGGGCGGCGCGGGCGUGCAGGACCACGGGCGGGAGGCGAUGCUGCUCCUGCACCAUCAGCAGCGGCGGCAGCGGCAGGAGGAGGAGGAGGUGCGGCGCCAGAUGUUCGGCGGGGUGGCGUUUCCGGCAGCGUUGGGCCACGGCCAUCAGGUGGACUACGGGGAGGAAGCGGGCGGGCUCGGCGACAGCGACGCGGGCGGGUCGGAGCCCGAGCCGGCGCCGGCGCGACAGCGCGGGGGGUCCGGCAGCAAGCGGAGCCGCGCCGCCGAGGUGCAUAACCUUUCCGAGAAGGUGAGGAGGAGAAGCAAGAUCAACGAGAAGAUGAAGGCGCUGCAGAGCCUGAUACCGAACUCCAACAAGACUGACAAGGCAUCCAUGCUUGACGAUGCAAUUGAGUAUCUGAAGCAUCUCCAGCUCCAAGUGCAGAUGUUGUCUAUGAGAAAUGGUGUUUUCUUGAACCCACCGUAUUUGUCUGGAGCACUUGAGCCUGCGCAAGCAUCACAAAUGUUUGCUGCACUUGGUGGGGGCAACAUCAUAACAUCAAAGUCUGGGGCAGUGAUGCCACCUGUAAACCAAAGUUCAGGAGCUCAUCAGGCAUUUGACCCAUUAAAUCCUCCUCCACAAAAUCAACCACCAUCUCUUAUCUUAUCAAGUGUUCCUGACAAAACCAUUCCAGAGCUUCCAUUUCGCUUGGAAUCAUCACAGUCACACCUUCGAUCGUUUCAGAUGCCUGAAUCUUCUGAGAUGAUGCUUCGGGGGGAGAUAAUGGCAAAGCAUCAACUAACUUCAGCUCAAGAAAGAGUUAAUCUGCCAGGGAACAAUAUGAAUCCCAUUUGGCAUGAAUCGUCCAUCGUGAAUUCUGAUCAUUUUGAUGGUUGCUCACGUAGCAAAGAGCGAUCACAUGAUAUGCUACCAAAAAAUACAGGACAUGCGUAGAUGGAAGGAGAUGGAUGGACCGUCACCUACUGCUUGGACGUGCAAGGCUUCCCCCUCAUCCUUUGGGAGACACUGAUGAGGUUCGGAUAUACUCAGCGUCCAGAGUACCGUGGACGGGAGUACUAGGAGCAUGGUACCAGCAAAUGUGAGGUCCAUGUUCUUGUGUUCGAGACGCCCGAGCAUACAGACUGGCAACCAUGGAGUGUUGUUGCCUAUGGGGCUGAAUAUAGUGACACCUACCAAGCAGCAGCCCGUAAAGCCCUACUACACUUCUGCGAGAAGCACGAGAAGGACACCGGACGUACCCCGGUAAAAUUCUUUGCAGCAAGUGACCGUUCCCGCCCAGUGUGGCGCAAUAGGAUGAGAAGGUUGGAAGGCCUGGGUCAAAGAGAGGACGACCCUAUCAUAGUUGCUACAGUGAAGUACCUACUUGCACUAAAAGUACCUACUUGCACUAGACCAGCUAUACGAGAGCCACCGCUUUGAGUGGAGGGCAAGUAUUCAGAGGGCAGAACACUCAGAGACCCGGGAAAGAGCUCUGCGGAGGCAGUUGCAGCAAGUCCGAGAGCAGGCCGCAGCUGCAGAAAGGCGUGCCAAAGAUGUAACCAAGACCCUCAUGGAGACCUCAGAACACUAUGUCAAGGAGCUCAACCAAGCCUACUUGAUUUGCCACAGGAUACACGGAGGACCGCACCGCAAGCUCACCCCAAGGAAGAGGACCUUCCACUUGCCUCCUUUUGACAGCGUUCAGCGCUUGGAAUUACCCGGAGUUCCCCUCCUGCCCCCAGGAGUCGCCAGCGCAAUCGCGUCUGGCAGAGUUAUACCAACACCGGUCGCAGUGCCACCACCACCUCCACCAGCUCCCGAAGCAGAGCCAGAAGGCCAGAUGUAUGAAGAAGGAUCCGAGGAAGAAGAAGAAGAAGAAGAAGAACCCUUCGAGCGCGAGUUUGUGCGCGACGACGACUCAGAGGAUAGCUAGGAGUCCGUGGGGGAGAACAACAUUGACUUGGAUGGGUACGAGGAGGACAUAGCUAGAACCUUUAGUCAGAUGCACGACUUGGAGCUAGCUAGCCAUGAUGACAUUGACCUCGCUGCAGAGUGGAGUGCAGCCCACCCUUGAAGCCCCUCUUCACCAUCAGCAACGACGCAAUUCAGGAGCGCCGUCAAGACCAAUGUACCGCCUGCCGACCGCGUGUCAGACUUCCAGUAGUGAGCCCAGUGAUGUAACCCUUGUAUCGUAGUGUAGUAGCGUGUUGUGUUUGUAGCAGUUCUGUGUUGCUUGGAGUCCUUAGCUCCAAUGCCCGUGUUUGUACUGAAUCUUGU